AUGGACAAAGACAUGGAACCAAGUGAGCGCGUUGGAGAUACACACAGCUUUUCUGCACCCUCCAGCAAAUAUGAUAUUGUGAUAGUCGGUGCUGGACCUGUUGGUCUCUUGUUGUCAACAUGCCUGGCAAGGUGGGGCUACAAAAUCAGACACAUCGACAACCGCCCGGAACCUACGAAGACUGGUCGUGCGGAUGGCAUACAGCCUCGGUCUCUGGAUCUUCUACGAAAUAUGGGGCUGAAGCCAGAUAUUAUGGCAUUCGAACCGGCGAAAGUCUACGAAGUUGCUUUUUGGGAUCCAAUGUCGUCUGGUGAUGGAAUCCACAGAACUGGAACGUGGGCGAGCUGCCCAAGUUUCAUUGACGCUCGUUACCCUUUCACUACCCUCUUGCAUCAGGGUAUGAUAGAGCGCGUAUUCAUCCGGGACUUGAACAAAAAUGGCGUGGACGUUCAAAGGCCCUGGACUAUCAAAGGCUUCAAGACAGAUGCAGAGGCAGACGCGGAUUAUCCAGUUGAGGUUGAUCUGGAGCACGUGGAUGGUAUUGAGAAGGAGAAAGUACGAGCCAAGUAUCUGUUUAGUGGGGAGGGCGCUCGCUCAUUCGUGAGGGAGCAACUGAAAAUCGGCAUACAGCACAAAGAUCCUAUUGCACAUGUAUGGGGCGUGAUGGAUGGUGUCGUGAAAACGGACUUUCCGGAUAUCAAGAUGAAGUGUACUAUCCAUUCUGAGCAUGGCUCGAUAAUGGUCAUUCCAAGAGAGAACAAUCUGGUUCGGCUUUACAUUCAGAUUGCUUCUUCCACAGAUAAGGACUGGAACCCUCGUAAAACAGCUUCGGAAGAAGAAGUUCAGAAUUCAGCAAAACGUAUUUUGAAGCCUUACGAGAUUGAGUGGGAAAGAGUCGAGUGGUACUCUGUCUAUCCAAUCGGUCAAGGGAUCGCUGAUAAAUAUACCUUAGACCACAGAGUCUUUAUGGGCGGCGAUGCUUGUCAUACGCACAGUCCAAAAGCUGGCCAAGGAAUGAAUACAGCGUUUCUGGACGCACUCAAUUUGGCCUGGAAGAUUCAUCACGUCGAAGCUGGUUUUGCUGAUAGGUCGCUCCUUGAAUCUUACGAGUCGGAGCGAAAAUUAGUCGCUGAGAACUUGCUGAAGUUUGAUGCAAAAUAUGCUGCCCUGUUCUCACAGCGGCCUCCUGCUGCAAAAGAUGUUGCCGCUGCUACAGCCCAAAAAGAUCGAAAUUCGGAGGAAGAAGACAACCAAUUCAUUGCAACUUUCAAGGAGUCGUGCGAAUUUACCAGUGGAUACGGUGUGGCCUACAACCCAAACACUCUUAAUUGGUCUCCUACACAUCCAGCACAAUCGAGUAUUAUCAACCCUAAAGGUCACAAACUUACGACUGGCAAAAUCCUUCACAAUUCUAAUGUCACGCGAGUUGUGGAUGCUAAUGUUGUCCACUUGGAACAGGAGAUUCCCUUGAAUGGCUCGUAUAGGAUAUACCUAUUCGCUGGCAAACCCUCGAGAAGCCAGAAAGCACUUUCUGACUUUGCUACCAAUUUGAACAAAAAAUCCUCCUUCCUGACAACUUAUCUCCGUCCUGAUAUCGGUUCGGUCUCUCACCAUGAGAAGCACAAUCCUCAUAGUCACUUCUUCACAUUCUGUACAAUAUUUGCUUCCAAGCGACCUGAGAUUGAAAUUUCGAGAGAUGUUCCAGAAGUACUAGCAAGAUAUCGGGACCAUGUGUAUGCCGAUGAUAUUUGGGAUCAUAAAGUCCCGGAUGCAACGGCUGCAGCUCAUGCAAAAAUGGGCCUCGACCCUGAAUCUGGUGGCGUAGUUGUCGUACGCCCAGAUGGUUAUGUUGGGAUUGUGACGAGCCUGGUGGAAGGCGCCGGAACUGUAGACGCCUUGAACGCGUACUUCAACAGCUUCUGCUCAAAGAAUAUAUCUGGGCACAAAGCGAAUUUAUGA